AUGAGAUUGCAGGUCUACAAAGAGCCCUCAUUCAUUCGAAAAAGCGCUCAACCAAGGGGGAGGGCUUUAUUAUUCGAUAUUCCUACAGAAAAUGAAGGUGGAGCACUUUUUAUGAGCCCGUCAAAGGUGCAGCAAGCGCGGGAUAAUAUACUCAAAAAGGAUGAGCAAGCCGCGCAGGAGCAGGCUCGUAAAGAUGAUAAAAAGCUUCAACAAGAGCUUACAAAGCAAGCCAAAGAGCAAGAAAAGGCUGAAAGAGCUCAAAUCCGGCAAGAAAAGCAAGAACAGCGCCUGCAAGAGGCUACGGAAAAACAACGCCUUAAGGACGAGCAAGAACUCGCUAAGUUAGCUCAUUUACAGCUUCAAAAUGAUGUUCUAGCAACUCCAAGUGCUCCAAAAAGAGCAAAAAAGCAAGUUUCCAAGCAAGUAAAGGUAAAAGCGCAGCCUGAGGCUCAUACAGAGGAUAAUGGGGUGGUUGUUACUACAAAUCUAACCCGUCAAAAUCAGUCAUCAGGUGGUUCUAGUCAUCAGGCGGUGAAGGACGGUAAAGGUCGCGAGGGCUCGCUCGUGGUUGAGUUUACAAACCCAAUCGUGGCCAAUAGUGCAAUCUCUAUGGGUACAGUCUGGCAGUCCCGCAGUCUCACCAACAGGCCUUAUUGUCGAGAAGGACGGUGCCCUCAUAAGGCUGUAAGCACAAGCUGUCCUAUCCGGAAGAUCGCACUGGAGCGUGCUCAACACGCGCUAAUGACCUGUGAACCAUUCCAUCGCGUCCCUCAGCAUUUACAGACGCAGCCAAUACAGCAAACUGUAACUAUCGACCCAACACCGAGCAAAUCAACACAGAUCCAGGCUCCGAAGCGAGCCAUCAAGAAAACAACUAGUACGACAAAACGUGUUAAAAAGACACAGCUAUCUACAGAAACAAGCAUAUCUAUUCCAAUCACUGAGACCAGUGCACCUGCACCUGCACCCGAGUCAACUAUCGAACGGCCAGCAACCUUAAAAGCGCCUACAGCACCUCAAGCAUCACAACGGACCAUACGAGGAUCUACAAAUUCGAUCCCACUCACGUUCAAACCCGUCACAGAAAAACCUAAGCGAGGACGACCUCCUAAGUCCAAAUCAUUCAAUAAUGAUGACCAAGAGCAGGAGCCUACUGAGCAUAUUAAUACUACCUUAGCAGCAAGUCAACCAGUCAUUCAUGAUGACACAAUCGCACCACAGCUACUCACCAAUCCUACAAUACCGUCAACAGCACCGCCAGCCACGAGAUCAAGAGGCCUUAAUCAACCAGUGGAUAUGCGUAAUGAUCCAGAACGUCCUCUCCGCGAGCAGCGCCGUCGAGAGCGCUCUCAAGAAUUCGAGCCUACGCUGCCACCGCUGCCACCGAUGAGUAUGAGCAUUGAACAGGGCCAGAUCGUACUUAAUAGCACUGCCAGUUUCCGCGAGAUUGAUAACAGUGACGACUACAAUUCCGAUCUAGCAAAAGAAUUCCUUGACCGAUUCACAUAUUCUAGUCAACACCGGCGGGUACCAGCAAUACAGGAGGAGAAAGAAGACGAUCAGAUUACCAUACAAAGCAGCAUAGUACCGCCAUCCUCUCCAGACGAACUUAAUUAA